ACAGUAUUGCCCCAGUCCCAGACGAGAGAUUCAAUCAGUCAAGAGAAAAUACAGUUUUCAUAAUAUUUCAUUUUGACUAAUAUACGAUUUCAGUUGAUAGACAGUUACACUGGGCUUCCGUCUCAAUGGUAUAACCAUGAAAGACAUAGGAAACCCAGGAAAGGAGCCACCUGAAGACAAUUCCUCCAGGCGCCGUGAGGAUUGGCCUCGUGAGUCGGAGCCAAGGUUACAUUUCCCGCUUGUAACCCAACGGGAUAUCUUCCCUGUGGCAGAUAGUCGUGUGACGCUCACGCCACACGAGCCCACCCGCUUCCCGACACUUCACGGAACAGUCUCGCUGACCUCCACCGCAGCCACGCUCCACCCAAGGCUUCAGGUGACAAAGUCCACCGCGCCUCAUGGAAGGUUGCCUCUGGCCAGGAACGGGGUGACUCAGAGGGAACUGCGAGCAGCAGUUGGGCCGAUGGGCCGGGCACCUGGAGGAGACCCUAGGAGCAUCGCGGCAGCUGGUCAGUCCGCACACAUGAUGCAGGCCGGCCCCUCUGGGAGCGGAUUGGACCUGACGGGCUGUGCAGGCCCGAGGCUACUCAGACCACUGCCUCCUGCAGACACGAGGCCCAGGGAGCCCAGCAGACCCACGCAGCCAAGAGCAAGCAGGCGCCGCAACAUAACAAUGCAGGGUGAGGCGGUCCAUGCAGAAGAGCCGUCCCGAGUUGUUCGCCUGGAACCAGUUCCACCACCACAGUCCCCGGCAGCACCUAGCGACAUCGGGAGGCGCCCAGGAAGACGCCAAGCAAGGCACAAUCGUGACUCUCCGGCUUAUACGUAUGUGUCAGCAGACACAAAUGAAUGCGUUUGCUUCGCUGCUGGUGACAGCAUUAGCACCAAUUGGAGUGAGUACCAGGAAAGGACCAGGCCACAGACGGCACCACGACUUCCUCCAUUCGAGCGAUCUCCACUGGCCCCGAGGCCACGUCUUCUACCCAGGAGGCCACAAAUGGAGCCCAGACGCCUCAGUAGCACUGUUGACCAAUCCACCACACUCCCUCCACUGAGCCAGAAUGCAUCUAUGGUCUGUAACAUCAGUGAUCAACAGCAGAUGAGGGAGCUCCAGCAGGCAACCAGCGUGCCUCACAGCACAGCCUGCGAUCACGAGCCGCCACGCAUGAUCCUGUCCGCCUUGAGAGAGACGCAGCAGCAGCAGCAGAAGCAGCAGCAAGCAUCCGUCAGCCUCCACGGCCGCGGGAGUAACGUAGCCGCUUCCUCUAGGACCCAAAGGGACCCUGGGUAUGAGCAGGACGUGCACCGUGUCAUCCCCGAGCACGCAGUUCCACUGGAGACUUUGCAAAGCGACGCCAGAGAACGCAGACGCACGUGCAGACCGCCGCACAGGCGCCGGAGACGCCUCACGCUCGCCUUGCCGAUGGCCCGCACCUUCCGUCUCAGAACCCGCAAGCCCAUGUCCACUCACAGAGUGGUCCUUGGAUGAGCGCCGCGGCGCUGUGUGUCUGCGGGGACUUGGACUCAGACAGUCAGUCAGAGGAGGAUCCAUUUGUCAACUUCCAGUCCCCAAUUCACUCACCAUCAGUUGGACACACGGGUACACAUGAUGCUACUAAUAUCAGCACAACAAUUAGAAGGAUCCAAGCAUAACAGAAGGGAUGGCAUUUGAUUUUCCACCAUAUCAACAUCAGAGGCCACAAACUCCAUCGAUACAACAAGGCAUGAAUCUGUGCAUACUAGGAGCACACUGGUCCUCUAGGUUUGGCCAGAGGAUGAUAGAAAUGGAGCUGUGUGUCGGUGGGGAUUUGGAUGUAGACAGUCGAGGGGUCCAUCUCUACUUCCGGUCCCCAACUACUCAACAUCAACUGGACACACAGGCAAACUUGGUCGCUACUUUGACCAGCGCAAUGAUUUGAAGGACCCUGCAUACGAAGACAAGAGGUGGCACAUUUUAGGGGUUGCAUCAACAUCACAAGCCACAUCAUCUAUGCUCCUGAUCAUCUAUUACUGCACACUAAGAGAGCACUCUACCCCUAAAGGAUGACAGGAAAGGAAAUGUGUGUCAGUGGGGAUUUGGGUUUAGACAGGUAGUGGUAGUUAUUUGAGUUUAUUCAACAACUGCACACACAGGCAGGUAGUUAACUGAGUAAGAGUCCAUUUAACAUGUCUUACUGCCACUAACACACAGUAUAACGUUUUUAUGUUCUCUCUACUUCUCUUCUACAGCUGAGGGGUCUAUUUGUCUACUUCCAGUCCCCAGUUACUCAACAUCAACUGGACACACAGGCAAGCUUUGUGCUACUCACAGUUCACCAGCUUUUUUCCCUGAAGGACCCACCCUGCGUAUCAGGGAAAAAAGAGGUGGCACAUUUUGGCUUUCCCAGAAGCCACACCUAUGGUACCUAUGUGCCCACCACCCCUCCAGGAUAACAACAGAAGGAAAUGUGUGUCAGUGGGGACUUGGGUUUGGACAGUUGAGGGACCUAUCUGUCUACUCCCAGUCCCCAUGAACUUACCAUCAACUGGACACACAGGCACACCCAACACCACAAAAUAUCAGGGCAUAGAGAAGAAGGAUUCCAGCAUGGAAUCAGAAGAGCUGGAACUUUUUGCCUAUUACUUACACCACAUCAGGACCGAACACAUCAAUCAUACAUAACAGGUCUCUGUAAGUGAGGACUGAGAACCCACCCCCUGGCUAAAAGUCCAGCAGGUGAAAAGGAAUGGAAUUGUGUGUCAGUGGGGAGUUGGAUUAAGACAGCCUAUAGCUUCCAUCUGUCUGUUUACACUCCCCAUUCAAUCAACAUCAACUGGACACACAUGAGAAUAGUCUCAAAGAUAAGGAUCUAAAUAAGGACGAACUUAAGAAGAGAUCUCUUUCAGACAGGAUUUGAGAUGGUAUAUGCGAAGUUGACACAGCUAUAUUUUUUACUCAAACUUCAACCCAAUUUUUGACUCAAGCAUGACUCUCAGAUCUUAUUGCUGUAAACUGUCACCCAUCAUGAAGCUUUUCACGGCCUUCCUCCCUGUUUUACCCUGCCUUUAUUGAUCUCCCUCUUUCACUCAUUCUGCAAUAAAAUAAACAUUUUAAAGUUUUGUUCGA